AGAGGAAAUAGAAGAGCCAUCUUAUGUUCAUGUAGCAAAGAGAUUUUUGGAGGAACUCAAAGUGGUGACGAAUUCUUUGAAGGAACUCAGUGAAGAGCACGUAGCCUAUGAUGAUUUAGAAUGAGACUGUUUUAAUACUUAAGAAAAUCAGACGUAUGGAAACUGCUCGUUCGGUUUUAGAAAAGGUGUUUAAGCAGUUAAAACUAGCCAAUUGGGUGGAGAAGGCUUUGAAUGAAACCCAGCAUGAGAUUGAAUUUGAGGAGGAGACACUUUUAGAACUCAAGAAAUGUUUGGUUAGAGAAAUCAAGGAAAAAAUCAUACAUCUGCAAAGUUGGUGUUCCGUUAUUGGAAAGAUGGAUAAGGCUUCAGAACAAGUCGAUUGGGUGGAGAAGGAUUGCGUGGAGAAGGCUUUGGAUGAAAUCCGAAAUAAGAUUGAAUUAGAAGAGAAGACAUUUUUAAAAAUCAAGGAGGAGGAUGAGAAUAUGCUGGAGGUGGAAUUGAAUAAACUCCAAAAGUUUUCGACAAUGGAAGAGUCAGAUCGAUCUUCACUGGCAGAAGAGUCUUUGAGUGAACUCAACAAGAAGACAAAUUAGGUUGCACUGGUGAAGAAGUCUUUGGAUGGAAUCAAGAAGACGGAGCAGUCUCUGGUUAACGUCAAGACGGGAGUGGUUGCAUUCAACGAAAAGAUUACAUCACUAAAAAGGGCAUUAGAUC